AUGACGCCGCGGCUCGCGCGGAGGCGGUGGAGCCGGGCCGGAGCCAUGUCGGCGGGAGGUGCCGGGCAGCGCGACGCUGGGGCCGCCGGCGGGCGUCGCAGCAAGUGGGACCAGCCCGGCCCGGCCCCCGCCUUCCUCCUCCCCGGCACGGCCCCGCUGCCCGGGCGCCCCUUUCCUGGCGGCGGGGAUGGCGGGCCCGCCGCGGCCGGUUCCGAGAGCUCUGCGGCUCCAUCCGGGGCGCUGGAUGCCGCCGCCGCCGUGGCAGCGAAAAUCAACGCGAUGUUAAUGGCCAAGGGGAAGCUGAAGCCGGCGCCCAGCACGGCGGACAAGCUGCAGGCUCUGGGAAAAGGUCCGGCUACAAGUAAAAGCAAAGAUGACCUUGUGGUGGCAGAGGUAGAAAUCAACGACGUGCCCCUCACAUGCAGAAACCUGCUGACAAGAGGACAGACUCAGGAUGAGAUAAGUCGACUGAGUGGAGCAGCUGUCUCUACUCGAGGGAGAUUCAUGACUGCAGAAGAGAAAGCAAAAGUGGGACCUGGAGAUCGUCCUUUGUAUCUUCAUGUCCAGGGUCAGACAAGGGAAUUGGUUGACAGAGCUGUUAACCGUAUUAAAGAGAUUAUUACUAAUGGAGUAGUGAAAGCUGCCACAGGUUCUAGUCCAACAUUCAAUGGAGCUACAGUUACUGUCUACCACCAGCCGGCCCCCAUUACUCAGUUGUCUCCAGCAGUUGGUCAAAAACCUCCGUUCCAGUCAGGGAUGCAUUAUGUUCAGGACAAAUUAUUUGUUGGUCUGGAACAUGCUGUACCUACAUUUAAUGUGAAGGAGAAGGUGGAAGGGCCUGGUUGCUCCUACUUGCAGCAUAUUCAAAUUGAAACAGGUGCCAAAGUCUUUCUUCGUGGGAAAGGCUCAGGUUGCAUAGAACCAGCAUCAGGCAGAGAAGCCUUUGAACCCAUGUACAUCUACAUCAGUCACCCAAAGCCAGAAGGUUUGGCAGCUGCUAAAAAGCUGUGUGAGAAUCUGUUGCAAACCGUUCAUGCUGAAUACUCUCGAUUUGUGAAUCAGAUAACCACUGCAGUACCUUUAGCAGGCUUCGCGCAGCCUGCCGCUAUAAAUAGCGUACCUUCUCAGCCAUCGUAUUACCCUUCCAAUGGAUAUCAGUCUGGUUAUCCUGUCGUUCCCCCUCCUCAGCAACCAGUUCAGCCACCGUAUGGUGUACCAGGCAUAGUACCACCUGCUGUGCCAUUGGCACCAGGAGUCUUAACAACACUACCUACAGGAGUUCCGCCUGUGCCGACACAAUACCCAAUAUCUCAAGUACAGCCUCCAGCCAGCACUGGCCAGAGUCCACUGAGUGCUCCUUUUCUUCCUGCUGCCCCAGUAAAAACAACUUUGCCGACUGGUACACAGCCACAAGUCCAACCCCAUCCCCAAGGUCAAAAGAGGCGCUUCACUGAGGAACUACCAGAUGAGAGAGAGUCAGGACUGCUGGGAUAUCAGCAUGGACCCAUUCAUAUGACUAAUUUAGGUACAGGCUUCUCCAGUCAGAGCGAAAUCGAUGGAGCCGGAUCGAAGCCAGCAAGUUCCUCAGGAAAGGAGAGAGAGAGGGACAGGCAGUUGAUGCCUCCACCAGCUUUUCCAGUCACUGGGAUGAAAUCAGAAUCUGAAGAAAGAAAUGGUGUGGGGUCUUUACCAGGCAACCAUGAUCAUCAAGCUAAGAAGAUGAAAACUUCAGAAAAGGGCUUUGGAUUAGUGGCAUAUGCUGGAGAUUCAUCAGAUGAAGAGGAGGAACAUGGUGGCCAUAAAAAUGCAAGUACUUUUUCACAGGGAUGGAGUUUGGGUUACCAAUACCCUUCCUCACAACAGCGAGCCAAACAACAGAUGCCAUUUUGGAUGGCACCAUAAAAGCUACAGAACAGUUUUCAUUCAUCCUCUUUUUUUUCCUCUAGCAAUAAUGCAUGUAUAUUACGAAAUGAACUUUGCAAAUAUACAUUGUUUUUACAUUUACAGAAGCUAAAGGUUCAGUAUUCCCCCUUGAAAGGGCUCCGUUAUUUUUAAAAAUCCUUAUUUCUGCAGUGGAUUUGUCAACUCUGAAAAAUAUUUGAAAUAGUAUUUUGACAGGGCCAGUCCCUUAAAGAGUGGGGGAAGUACUGUAAAGGAAAACUAGGGAAGCCUGUUGGUCUGUUUCCCGUCUUUCCAGGAUAACUUAAAAAUGGAAAGUGUCAGUCACACUGACUUCAUUAUACAUCUGUUGUUUGUAUUUUAUCUAGUGUUCCUGCUGUCAGCCUGUGUUUGCAGUCCCAUUAAGACAAUGGUGACUAUGGAUUCAAUGUUUGGACUUUCAACAAAGGAAAGGAAUAUACAGUAGUUCAGAAAAACAUGGAUCACACUUCCUAAAUUCAUAAUUUAAUUUUACUUUAAGUGUCUCCUGUAACUCCACAUUGUUUUUUUUCUUUGAAAUGUGGUUUUACUAACUCCGCAACUUCUGGUUCUAGCCUAAUGUUGGGGACGGGAGGGUGCUCAGGUCUUUAAUUGGUUUAUCUUGAUGCUAAUCCCCAGGUGGACUUGGUACUGUAACACCGGUACUUCAUCUUCUCAAAUUAUCCCUGUGUAUUUCAUUCCAUUCAGCGGUUCAUAUGGAACUACUUCCCAUGAGCUUCUCCCAAACUUCUCUCAAUCUCUUAAUGCGUUCACUUAUUUGAUUUUACCCAUUUUGUUCCAUGGUGGUUUAACAAGGAAAAGAAAUGCAGCAACUAGGCUUAUACAGCGCCAGAGACCUGACCGCAACCGUUGCUCUUGCUUUGAAGAGCAGGAGUGGAGUCUGUGAAUAAAUGAAUAAAUGUCUGUUGUUUACGGGCAUGAACUGCACCACAGGCUUUCUUGGCAGGGCAGGUCGUUGCAGGAGGAGCUCUUGUAAUGAGAACAUUGGUGUGUGGGGCAGCCAGGAGGUACCGGUCAGCUUUUGAAACAGCAGUAAAAAGUUUUAAAAAUCAGAACGUGUGUCCCUGCUGCACACGGAACGACCGUGCUGGCUCACUUGUACAAACGUCGUCUUUCCUAUGUCUUGUAAAUAAGUAGAACCAUACUUCCAUUAUAAAUAAAUGUAUAAAUAUU